UCCCAUGUCUCAGUCUCGAGUCUGGCUCUGCGUGUCGUGUGUCUGCGUGUAGCAGCCCAAUUGAUGGUUGAUUCUCUUGUAUAUACGUGUACAACAGCUAAUUGCCACCGGUCCCAAAAUGUCCUCUCCGUGCGCCCCUCGAGUCGCGUUCCAAGAGCCCACGCCUGAGCUCUUCUCCUCGCCGCCUGCACCUACAGCGACACGCAAACUGAAGAGACCGCCGCCAAUUACCCCGAAACGCUUUACCCGCUUCUUCACCCCGCGCAAUUCGAGCCAUGGAUCGUCACGCGCCUCACCCUCCAGCUCGGGGCGGCAAUUGCAGGACAUCACCCGCGCUGCCGUCAACCGCAGCCAUGCAAUGACCCGCACUACUCCUCGCAAGACGGUGAACUUUGUCGACAUCGAAAUUACACAGACUCGGACACCGUCAUCGAGCGCCCGCAAAAGGAAGAACCCAUAUCUAUCACCUGAGAGUUCACCGGCCCAAUUCCACUCGUCGCCCUCGAAACGUUCGCGGUACGUCACCCCGGAGCCAGUGGAGGUGCUCGAGGAUGAGCCUGAGGCUGAAGGGCGGCCUGUGUUUGCUGCGCCGAUUCGACGGUUGGGGACAUUAGCAGGCACAUCACGGCGGCUGCAACGGUCCUUCGGUGGGAUACUGAGCGUUGGACGGGGAUUCAGACAAGACCAUUGUACAUCGUGGCAGGAUCAGACGGCCGACUUCCACAGCAGCGCAGAUGAUGUGCACUCGCUGUCACAGAAUGCCCCACCCUUCUGUACAGCCAGCUGCAAUACGAACUCACUCUUGGCCAUUGGAGAUGAGGACGGUCACAUCCAUCUGGUGGACUCCGAGGGCGACUUCUCCAAGGCGCACAUCUCAUGGCAAGCACACUCGAAUGCCGUCAUGGACGUCCAAUUUUCUUCCGACGACUCCUAUCUGGCUGCCGGCUCUGGUGAUCAGACAGCACAGAUCAUCGAUGUACGGACGCAGCAGACAUUGAGUGUGCUUGCAAAACACAAGUCAUCUGUGAAGCAAGUACGCUUCCAGCCUGGUGAUGACAAGAUCGUUGCAACUUCCAGUCGAGAUGGUGCGGUCCAGAUCUGGGACCUGCGAUGCAAAGGCGGAGAUCUUACAAUACAUUCAGCAUGGGGGUCAGAUGCUCCAUAUGCCAGUGUCGUUCGAACACUAUCAGCAGCACAUGCUGACAUGGGCCUGUCAUCCAGCGCAACCACACGGGUUGCUCCAAACGGCAAGACAGAAACCAUUAGUAGACGCAGCGACGUCUCUGUCACCGCGCUCUCAUUCCUGCCUGAAGGCCGCCAACACCUACUCCUGACUGCUUCAGACGCCUCAACAUGCGUGAAGCUCUGGGACAUCCGCGGUCGGUACUCACUGCGAGGGCCCGCCAUACCCAUCGCGACCACGCGACACCCUGAAUCGCACAACAGACAUCGACACUUCGCCAUCAACUCGCUCACCCUUAGCGGCGAUGCAUCACGCCUUUACGCACUAAGCAAAGACAACACCGUCUACGCGUACUCGACAAACCACCUCAUCCUAGGCACUGCCCCAGAGCUUUCCGUCUCGUCGUCCUCAAAACAAAAGUACUGCCAGGUAGGCCAAGAAGGACUCGGACCCAUCUACGGUUUCCGCCACAACAAGUUCCAUGCCGGCUCCUUCUACGUCAAAGCCUCGUUACGAAAAGCUUUCGACGACAAGCCAGAGAUGUUGGCCGUCGGAAGCACAGAUGGCUGCCCAGUUCUAUUCCCCACCGACGAGACCUUCCUCAAGCGCGAAAAGCGACAUCGCGAAGAUGAGGCAGAUGAUCUGCCAGAUAUCACCCCCCGCUCUAUCCUUAGACCAUCAUUAACUCGCUCGACGAGCAGUCGCUCGCCGGACACAAUUCCUAUCUACGAGCAUGGCACGCCUUUGGUACGCGGUCAUGAUGCUGAGGUCACGAGUGUGUCGUGGGCGAAGAACGGCAGUCUGAUCAGCGUCAGCGAUGACCAUCGUGUAAGGAGGUGGAUGGAAGGCACCCAAGCGAAGGAGCUUCGAACGGGUGGUGAAGGGGAGGGGAGAAGAUGGCAGUGUGGAUGGGCGGAUGUGAGUGAGGCUUAUGAUAAUGAGGAUGCAGAGGAAGUCAGAAGGUCGAGCCGACAGGACAGUGUGAUUGCGAUCAUCAGUGGCUUUCGAUGAACAAGAUGAUACAAGCGGACACGCGUUACUGGUC